AUGGCUUCAGGGGAUCAUACGAAGGUCAGCGGGCAGAAUAUUGAAAAAGUUAAUAACAAUGUUCUACCCGCUUAUAUAGUUGCUUCGAGAUCCAAUCUUGUUAGCUCAAUUAUAUGUGGAAAAGAACUACAAAAUUUUAAAGACGCUGUAGAUCAACGAAUAUUAUGGAGCUUAAAAAUGCUGGAUUCUAGCGGUGAAUAUAAACCAGGCUUUCUUCAGGGAAAUAAUUAUUGGCUAGGUAAUCAAGAGCAAUGUCUUGAUACCAUAAAUAGAUAUCCUCUACCCAUCGCUAAACAGCAGAUAUUAAAUAAUACAAUAUAUCGUAAUCCACAAGAAGAAUUUCCACCUUUCAAAGUAAAUUACUUUGUUAUUAAUUUCAAACAUAAUAGUACUUUACAAUACCACAUCAAUUUUGGGAAUGAAGACUUUGUUACGCUCGGUCUUUGUUUACCGGCAUCAUGUUCUAUAAAUGACUUAACUUUAAUUCUGGAAAAAAUAUUUCGUGAUAGAGCUUUUUUUGUUAAUGACCUUUAUUCUGUAGACUUCAAAUUGGUCGAAGUUAAAAAUUUAAAAUAUAAUCAGCGAGAGUUAUUUAAGGAUGCAAUAUUUUUUAUCUGUGUUUUAGCGCUUACUUUUUCUAUGAUGAUAAUCGGAACAACAUAUGAUAUAUUUGUGCAUCAAAAAUAUUUCAUUGUAACGGAUAAAACUACUGCUAAUAUGAAGAACAUAUCCGAGGAAAUGGAAAUAACAUUUUUACAUCGAGAAAGUAGAACUGGACAAAUAUUAAUGUGUUUUUCCAUAUACACAAAUACAAAAAUAAUAUUAAACACGAAAUUGAAUGCUGACGAAAUACCUGUCCUUCACGGUUUAAAAUUUUUAGUUAUGAGUUGGCUAAUUAUUUUGCAUACCGUAUUUUUCAUGUUGGAUUACGUCGAUAAUAAAACAUCAAUAUUGAAAAGGACCUUGAACUUCUUCGUUCAUGUAUCAAUCAAUACAGUCGUACCAGUGGAUACUUACUUUUUUUCAAGUGGGCUUUUAGUAUCUUAUUUAUAUUUGAAGGACAAAAUGGAUAAAAGAAAAGUUACAUCGACUAAUUACAAAGAAAAAUUAAAUGAAUUCUUUAUUCAUGUAAUAAAAAGAUUUAUUCGGUUGACACCUGCAUACAUGCUGAUGAUAGGAAUCCUGCAAUUAAAUUCGACUUGGUACGACAAAAAUUCACACUUUCCAACUGAUAUGCAUAAUUGCGCACAAUAUUGGUGGAAAAAUCUUUUAUACAUAAAUAAUCUGUUCGAUUCAGAUAGAAUGUGUAUGAUUUGGAGUUGGUAUUUAGCCAAUGAUAUGCAAUACUUUAUAAUUGCUACAAUACUAUUGAUUUUGUCAACUAUAUACUUUUACAUGAGUGUUUUCAUAUUGGGUACACUUUUAAUAGGUUCUAUUGUGCUUACCGGUUAUAUUUCAUAUAGUUAUGAAUAUAUCCCGACAUUAGAUGAACAAUACAGACUUAGAAGUAUCUUCUAUUUCCCUCCAUGGAUCAGAAUAGGACCAUAUAUUAUUGGCAUAAUUACAGGUUAUAUUAUAAGAAGACUAAAUAAAAAAUUGGUUUUCUUCUUUAAAAAAGAAACUGUAAUUUUAUGUUGGUGUUUUGGUAGCGCGUGUAAUAUUUUUGCAUUAAUAGGCCUUUAUAAACGAAAUGUAUCUAUUCUAUAUUCUGCUAUCUAUGUUGCUUUGAGUAGAACACUUUGGGCUAUAGGCAUAGCAUGGAUUGUAAUAGCGUGUUUUUCUAAGCGUGGUGGUGUCAUAAAUCAGUUAUUAUCGUUUAAAGUCUUCAUUCCUCUUAGCAGGCUUACUUAUUGUGUUUAUCUUAUAAAUCCUUUUAUCAUACAAUCGAUUCGUUUAUCUAGUGAAACAUCCGUUCACUUGGAAAUUCUGCCUACAGUUAUUAUGUUUAUAGGAUAUUUUGUGAUUAGUUACCUUUGCGCUUACGCAUUGUCCUUAAUAGCAGAAGUACCAUAUAUCUUACUUAUGCGAAUGUUUCUUCAAUCUCGCAAUAAUAAAAAAUAUAAAGUGUCCGAUAAUUUUCAUACACAUCCAAGUAUGUUGAAUCUUGAAGGUGUGGAGUUACGCAUGAGUUUGAGUGAAAUCGAGUGA